AGUGCAGUCCAGCGCGCUGCCGUCGCAUUCGAGUAUGCCUCCUUGCGAUACCAAGCGCACUGUCCCCUCGGGAUGUACAUCAUCCCGUCACUCGAAAACCUAUCCAUCUGGGAUGGCGUUUUGUUCGUUCACCAAGGCUACUACACGGACUCGAUACUCAAGUUACGCCUGACCUUCCCGCCUGAGUACCCCGAGCGCGCGCCGACCGUGCACUUCAUCACGGACAUAUUCCAUCCCCUCGUUUCUCAGCAAGACGGCGCGUUCAACCUGGGCGCAAAGUUCCGUCCGUGGAGGCCCCGGGAAAACCACGUCUAUGAUAUCCUGCAUUAUGUCAAGGCCUCGUUCAAGAAGCACGCGCUCGACCAAUUCAAGGAGACUGACUGCUUCAACAAAGAAGCCUUCAGGUCCGUACCAUAUCACGAUUCCACAUCGUCGUUCGCCGCUCUCGCGACGCAGUCGUCGAUGCUAUCCCAGACUGCCUCGGCCCUCUUCGACAGCGACCAUCCGACGAUGGCGGCGAAAGGCCCCGCCCACGGUUUGCCCUUCCGCGAGCUACGACCAGAGCAGUCGCACGCUCUGCGAUUAAAGAUGGGUCUCCAGGAGUGGGACGACGAG